AUGUGGAGGAUGCAGGAGGGUAGGACCGUGUCGCCUAUAGGGCCGGUCGUUCUGCCGCGGGAGGAAGCGGAUAUGCGUGCCGGAUUGUCGCUGCCGCCUCAAGAAAGGAGGCACGUGUUGCUCCAUGUACGCACCACCGAGCCUUUUGUCCGCUACGACAACGUGCGCCAGCAACAUUCACCUUCGACCUCGCCGAUCUUGAGGCCUUUGGAUCAAGAUCAAUUCCACGAGAUGGAUCCUCCUUCCAGGGAGAAGAGAAUGGACACGGAGGUGGAGGAGGAAGAGGAGCAAGACGAGGAGGAGGAAGACGACGGUGAGCACGAUAGAAGUGCGACACAGAGGAGGAGUAUCGUCGAGGACGAAGAGGACGACGAAGAACCUGAAGAGGAGGACGAAGAGGUACAUCCUGGAAGUAGAAACGGGAAUUAUCAAGACGACGAGGACGUUGAAGUGGACGUUUGCAGGGACGAAGUGGACGAGAGCAAUCCGAGCAGUCCUGUCGAUUUGACAGCUCCGUCUUCCAGGGGCACCGGAUCUGAUCAGUUCCUCAAUCCAUUCGCGAAUAGAGGCGUGCAUCCUUUCUCGUGUGUUCAGAGCGGUGGCCAAACUACCGGCCACGGGACUCCUGUGUAUAUAUCCGCGCACGCCGCCGCCGCUUCCACCGUGAUGACCGUCUGCACUUCCGGAAACGCGGCCAGGACGACCGGUACCUCGACGGGGAGCAUUACCACCACUGCGAGUACAGUUCAGGCGAAUAAAAGGUGCCUGGCGUUCUCCGUGGAGAACAUACUGGACCCGAACAAAUUCACCGGCGGACGCGUCGUUCACAGUCGCGUGCAACAUCGACGACAUCGGCGGGCCGACAGCGUGCACGAAGAUGGUGACUCGCGGGGCGAGUUUGCCUGCGGCAGCGGCCAGGAGGACGAGGAGGGUACACCGGACACGGGUAUGGAGGACAUGGACGAGGACCCAGAGGAAGAAGAAGAAGACGAGGACGUGGAGAUGAGGGUGACGGAUCAGGAAUCCUCUAACGCCGGUCGUGAGGGCGCCACAACAGCUUCCAGCAACGUGACCACCUCGAACUGCAAGAAAAGACAAUCUUCCUCCUCGUCGUCGUCCUCGAGUAGCGUUCAGGCGCAAAACUGUCAAAGCCAGAGUCAAUCGAGUCAGAACGGUACCGGUGGUAGCGGUGGUACCGGUGGCAAACCGAGAAGAGCCAGGACAGCGUUCACGUACGAGCAACUGGUAGCGCUGGAGAACAAGUUCAAGACCACCAGAUACCUCUCUGUCUGCGAACGUCUGAAUCUGGCUCUGUCGCUCUCGUUAACCGAGACACAGGUGAAGAUCUGGUUCCAGAAUCGACGCACCAAAUGGAAGAAACAGAAUCCGGGGUUAGACGUGAACAGCCCGACAGUACCGACGACACCGCCGCAUCCACCGCCUUACGCGCCAGCCUUCCUAUUCGCCACGCAUCCACACCAACACCCGUUGCCACACUCGCACACGCAUCCACACCCGCACGCACACGUCCAUCAUCCGCCGCCUGUGCCACCGCCGCCGCCUGGCUAUUAUCACCCAGCCGCGCCACCUUAUCCUCCAACAGGGCCGACGUUCUUCGGUCAUCACCUGUCGGCCACCCCCGCAACGGCGGCCGGCCCGCCCACCUCCACGCCCUCCUCCACGGGGCUGACGCUCUCGUCGCAUCCUCAUCCGCACACGCACCCGCACGCGUAG